AUGCGUUUCUCAAACACCCUCCUCAGCAUCUUGUCCCUUUCCUCAGCAGUUUUGGCCGCCCCCAUGAACAAGCGCGCCUUGACAGUGAAAUCAUACAACGAUUUCUCCGUAUCAGCCGGCGUAUCUGGUGAUGCCCUCGCUGAAGUCAACGCCAACUUCCCGAUCGACCUCAACGACCUCGCAUCCGUCUCAGCAGGCGACCUAAAAAUCAUCUCGGACGCCGCAAAAGUGAGUGAGCAAGCCGAAGUCGCCACCGGUGGCUUCAACGACGCCCUCGAGGGUGUUUCCGGGGACGCGGCAACCGCUCUCCAGAACGGCAAAAUCAAGAACAAAGUCUUGAAAUUACAGACCGAUGUUUUGAGACUUCAAAUCCAGGCCGCGCAAGGAAAGACUGGAUUGGAUGCUCAGAUUGCGACGCAGCAGAAGAAGUUGGCGACGAAUGUUGCGUUAGAUGAGAAGGCGGCCGGGCAGGCUAGUACGGCGAUUGAUUUUGCUGGUUAA